CAAAUCGUCUACUGUCAAUCAGCUGAGUAGCGGUAAGCCUAAAAUAUCUAAUUUUCUGUUGACAGAGUUAUGAAGUCACACGUAGACGUUAGGGCUCCAUGCGUGUGUUUUUCACCAGUGGGAGAAGGGGAUUAGUGACACUCCGGACUGACGCGCAUGCAUGUGUCGGCGUCAGCGGCGCCCCUGACGGGGGGAGGAGAAGCGCACCGGAGCGCAGCAGCCAGUCUCUCUCACACACACACACACACACACACACACGGUCGGUGCCGUCGUCGGUGCGGGUAACCUGUUCACCAUGAGCCACGAGCCCCGCGCGCUCAGCUGCCUCUCCACCGCGCUGGUUCUGGUUCCGGUUCUGGUUCUGCUGCUGCCGCACGGCCCGGGGCGCGUGGCGGAGCUCGCGGUGGCGGCGGAGUACUCCUCCAAGAGCGACCUGGACUACGAGUUCGCGGACUACCGGGGGAAGUGGUGCAUCGACGACCACGGCUUCGUGUACGGCAUCGGAGAGGUCUAUUACCCGAGCCCCACGGCGUGUCCUUGCACGUGCACCGCGGACGGUCCCGUGUGCGUCCGACCCAAGUGUCCCCGCAUCCACCCCCGGUGCACGCGGAUGGGAUACAAGGAGUGCUGCCCGGUGUGCGAGGCCAUGGCCAGGGUCUGUGUCUACGGGGGCAAAACGUACCGGCUCCUAGAGGAGUUCAGGUUGUCGAGGUGUGAGCGAUGCCGCUGCCAGGCCAACAGAGAGGUCUACUGCAGCAUUUCGGACUGCCCCGCCCCUCACUGUGUCAACCCCAUCUACGAACCCAACCACUGCUGCCCCAUCUGUAAGACUGGUCCCAACUGCUUUGCUGGGAACAGGGUGAUCCCUGCGGGGGAACGCGUGAACGUCGACGAGCGGUCGGUAUGCUACUGCACCUAUCGGGACGGGACGUGGCACACCCAUCCCCACGCCACCUGCGAGCAGCGGCCCGAGCCCAGCCCAACACCCAGCGCCCGCACCGAGGCCCCCGGGGAAAAGGAGUCCAGGAAAAGGUCCUUCUUUCCCAGACUGGCUAUGAUACCAUGAAGUGGAGUGUUCAACAAAAGCCUCGUGGACAGUGACAGAGGGGGAAGUGUUGGGUGUGGGUGGUAGCCUGCUGGUUUCCUUCUGUAUAAGCAGAGCGGGGCCAGAGAUGUCCAAGUAGUCCACACACACACACACACACACACACACACACACACACGUUUGUUUCACUAUCUUUGUGGGGACCGUCGUUGAU